AUGCAAGACAGAAGCUGUGGCCAGGCAUUGCCUCUUUCUUUAAUGCUGAAGGAGGCUUACUGCGCAGAGAGAGGCAUGAAUAAGGGGUAUCCUGAAAAUAUGUCAGAAGCUUCAUCCUACCAUAACUCUUUCUACAAUUCCCUAUCAGACAUACAGAAUGGGGAAUUCUCAAAUGAACUUUCUGCCUUUCUUACCCAGGAGGAGAUAUGUAAGAGCCUUGACAUAGCUCGGGAUGCCAUUGCCAGUUCCAUGAAGGAGGAUCAGAAUGUAGCACCAGACUUUACUCAUUUCAACACCUCUCUUUCUAGCACUUCAGAAAAUCCUUCUUUCAGGGAUACUAAACUGGAUGAGCAAGAUGCUUUACAGAGGCCUCAAGCAAGCAGUCUGACUUCAUCUGCUGCAAGUCAUGUUCUCCAAGGGAAUCAGAAAGAGCAAUCCACUACACCUCAAACAGCAAGUAGUUUUGUCACAGUUUCCAGGAGGCAAGCAAGCACCUCACCUUUGCUAGCUGCUAGUCCCAGCUUCAUCAGAAGCCUAAAACAUUUGGAGAAGGAUGGUCCAGCUGUGCCUAAGACAAGCCCAAAGUCCGAAUCGGCAUCCCAGGGAGAAGUUCCUUUCAGGAACAAGCUGUGUGACAAAGCUGCCACAUUCAUAGAGGAAUUGUCAUCUAUAUUUAGACAGGCAGCAAAGACAAGAGGCCGAAGUCCUGAUGGGGACUCUUCUUCUCCAGACAGUGGAUACCUGUCUCCUAAAAAGAAACAACCAACUUCAAGUACCUCAGUGAACCGGGAGUUUAACAAGCCAUGUCAAGAGACUAAGCCUGAGGCAAAAUUACCUGCGGUUCAUCUGAAUGGAGAACACUUUUCUAAAAGGGAGAGCGUCACUCAGAGUGAAAUGGACCUUUGCCACCCCUUUAUCAACAUGGAAGAGAAUCAGCCUUCACCACCUCAGUUCACUCAGAAGCUCCGGAGUCAGGAAGUUGCUGAAGGGAACAAAGUAUUGCUGGAAUGCAGAGUUGCUGGCAACCCAGUCCCUGAUGUCAGAUGGUUCUGUGAAGGGAAAGAACUCCAGAAUACCCCUGACAUUCAGAUCUGCUCUGGAAGUGGAGGACUUCAUUCACUAAUUAUAGCAGAAGCCUUUGAAGACGAUACUGGACGCUAUACUUGUCUGGCUUCAAAUUCCGUUGGUUCAGAUAGUACAUCAGCUGAAAUAUUCAUUGAAGGUGCCAGUUCCACAGAUUCAGAGAGUGAAAGUUUAAUUUUCAAAUCAAAAUCUGGAGCUAUGCCACAGGCCCAAAAGAAAACCACCUCUGUUUCCUUGACAAUAGGAUCUUCUACACCGAAGUCAGGAGUCACCACAGCUGUAAUUCAACCUAUCUCUGUGCCCAGUCAGCAGGUUCAAAGUCCUACUUCAUAUUUGCAACGUCUGGAUGGACCUAAGCCUAUCUCUUCUGCACCCAUUUUUACAAAGGAGCUACAAAACUCCACAGCAUCUGAGGGACAAGUCGUGGUAUUGGAAUGCAGGGUCAGAGGACCCCCUCCCAUUCAUGUUAAGUGGUUUCGACAGGGCGUUGAAAUUCAAGAUUCUCCAGACUUCAGAGUUCUCCAAAAGAAGCCACGAUCUGCAACUGAACCUGAAGAGAUAUGUACCCUUGUAAUUGCAGAAACUUUUCCUGAAGAUUCAGGACUUUUCACAUGCACAGCAACAAAUGAACAUGGUUCAGUAACAAGCAGUGCACAGCUAACUGUCUGCUCAGCCAACUCAGAAAGCUCUAAUCAUGAAUCCCUGACAAGAGAAUCCAACAGUGAUGAUUUCCAUCAUUUCCCACCACUUCCUCCAGUCGAAAUGAGCUCUCUUGAGGUUCCUCCUAAGAAACAUACAGAGACCCACCAAGCAAAUAACACUGAGAUGAGAUCUGGUUUUACAGCCCUUCAGCUACAACUCAAUUCAUCUGAGGAAAAAACAAAUGGCAUCCAUCCCAUUCAUGGAGUAAAUGGAAUGAUUAACAGCAAGCCAAACAGUAGUAAAUCCAUCCCACCUCCAGCUGACUUGCUUUCACCCACAAAGGAGCCACCACCUGUGCUUGCCAAACCAAAGCUGGACCCUAUAAAAAUACAGCAGCUGCAGAACCAAAUUCGUCUGGAGCAAGAAAGCGGCCAGUGGUAUCGUCACCAACAGCAACCUGAUCAUCAGCAGCACCAUCCCCCUUCUCCUUCCUUUCCUCCUCCCCCCUCCUUCCAGGAGCUUGAGUCCAGCCAGUCUGUCACCUCUCCUGUGCCAAUGAGUAUUCUUAAUUCUCAUACUUCCCCAACCAUGCAGUCUUCCAGCUCCUUCAACUAUGCUCGGCCUAAGCAGUUCAUCGCUGCUCAGAACAUCAGCCCUGCUUCAGGUUAUGUGACUCCAUCUUCAGGAUCAUCUACAUCCAGCCUGCCUUCUCCUAUGUCUCCAACUGCUUCUCAGAAACAGUUUGGGAGAGUGCCUGUUCCCCCUUUCUCUCAGCAGUUUGCUCCAGAAGGGGAGUACGCCUGGUCUCCUUCUUCUCCAUCCCCUCCUCCCCCGCCUCCACCUGUCUUUAGUCCAACCUCAACAUAUCCGGUGUGUGAUUCCUUUCCACUUCCACCUCCCCCACCUCCUCCUCUCCCUUCGCUUUCUUCACCUUCCCACAGCCUGUCUCCAACUCCCAGAUUUCCUAAUUCCGGCCAGUCUCCAGCAGCUUUUCUCAGCUCCAUGCUGCCAUCCCAGCCGCCACCCAUUUCUGUCAACGCAUUAGGCCUCCCGAAAGGAGUGACACCUCCAGGAUUUCCCAAGAAAACAGGCAGAACUGCUAGGAUAGCAUCAGAUGAAGAGAUUCAAGGGUCAAAAGAUGCUGUAAUUCAGGAUCUGGAAAGAAAACUUCGCUUCAAGGAAGACCUUUUGAACAACGGGCAACCGAGAUUAACAUACGAGGAGAAAAUGGCUCGUCGAUUGCUGGGAGCAGACAGUGCUGCAACUGUCUUCAAUAUACAGGAACCAGAAGAAGAGCCUGCUAUACAGGAGUAUAAAGUCUCCAGCUUUGAGCAACGAUUGAUCACUGAAAUUGAAUACAGGCUGGAGAGAUCUCCUGUGGAAGAAUCAGAUGACGAGGUGCAACAUGGAGAUGAACCUAUUGAUAACAGUAUGUCACCAUAUUUUGAGAUAAAGCUGAAGCAUUACAAAAUCUUUGAGGGAAUGCCAGUCACAUUUACAUGCAAAGUGGCAGGAAAUCCAAAGCCAAAGAUUUAUUGGUUUAAAGAUGGGAAGCAAAUUUCUAAACGAAGUGAUCACUACCGAAUUCAAAGAGAACCUGAUGGAACUUGCUCCCUGCAUACUGCAGCCUCCACCCUGGAUGAUGAUGGGAAUUACACUAUUAUGGCUGCUAACCCACAGGGCAGAGUGAGUUGCACGGGCAGGCUGAUGGUUCAGGCUGUAAAUCAAAGAGGCCGCAGUCCUUGGUCACCUUCUGGUCAGCCGCAUAUGAGAAGACCACGAUCUCGAUCAAGGGACAGUGGUGAUGAAAAUGAACCAAUUCAGGAACGAUUCUUCCGGCCUCAUUUUCUGCAGGCUCCUGGUGACCUGACUGUUCAAGAAGGAAAACUGUGCAGAAUGGACUGCAAGGUCAGUGGGUUACCGACUCCAGAUUUAAGCUGGCAACUUAACGGAAGACCAAUUCGCCCUGACAGCUCUCACAAAAUGCUGGUGCGUGAGAACGGUGUGCACUCCCUGAUCAUAGAACCAGUCACAGCCAGAGACGCUGGAAUCUACACGUGCGUUGCCAGCAAUCGAGCUGGUGAAAAUACAUUCAGCCUGGAGCUCGUUGUUGCAGCCAAGGAAGUACACAAAGCACCUGUGUUUAUAGAGAAGCUACAAAACACCGGUGUGACUGAGGGAUUCCCAGUGCGACUGGAGUGUCGAAUCUCAGGGGAGCCAUCUCCGCAGAUCUUUUGGAAGAAAGAGAACGAGUCGCUCACGUACAACACCGACCGAGUGAGCAUGCACCAGGAUAACUACGGCUACAUUUGCCUGCUUAUUCAGGGAGCUACAAAGGAGGACGCUGGUUGGUACACCGUGUCAGCGAAGAAUGAGGCUGGGAUUGUGUCUUGCACUGCCAGGUUGGAUGUUUAUACUCAGUGGCAACAACCACCUCAGACAACCAAGCCAAAGAAGGUGCGGCCCUCCACCAGCCGAUACGCUGCACUGUGUGACCAAGGACUAGACAUCAGAGCGGCUUUCCAGCCUGAAGCAAACCCAGUCCACCUGACGAUGCAGUCUGGCUUGGUAGAGAGCGACGAUCUGUAGAUCCAGCUGCCGCUUCCAUCGUUUUCUUUCGAAGCAGAAACACUGAAAGCCAUUGCCUUGACCAAUGAUACUCCUAUGUCACUUUAUGCAAAGGCAGACACCUUCAAGUACAAAAGAUAAACAACAAACACAAUAACCGUAUAUUCCUUAAUCAUUAUACCAAAUUAGAAGAAUAGAUAGAUUAUUAAUAGAAACGUACACAUUGCACAACAAAUCACAGUCACCAGUUCCUUAUACCUAAGUUGCUUCAGCUCUUACGAACAACCCUUUUCAUAAAGCCCAAAAUAGACCUGAGAGACAGAUUUUUCAGAGGAGAACACUACUUGUCACUCCACGCCUGCAUACGCGGGAAGUAGAUGCUGCAAGAUGUUUUACCUGAGGCCGUUAGACUCUGUGGUUAUCCGCGGUCCUAAAACGGCAAUGCAUUCUGACAGCGACAGUGAACAAGUGCAAUACCGUAAGCAUCAAACAGGAAGGGACGGGGAAGAGAAACGUAAGCAAAGGCUGUAUCUCUGCACACUGCCUUCUGUUCUACA